AGUCACAACGUCGACUUGUUUGUAGUUUUUUGAAAUGAUAAUCGAAAAUGGAUACUUUAUACAAUCAAACCAACAAAUUAAUUCAACAAACUCAAGCGAGUUUUCAGUUGUUAGAAGGUAACGGAACGAACGCCAUCGAAAUAGAAUCAGAGAUACAACAGAAAUUAGAACUAAUAAAUAGCAAUUGCAGUAAAUUGGAUUUGUACAUACUAAAAGUACCUUUAGAGCAAAGGCAGAAUGCUAAAAUGCGAUGCGAUCAGUUGAAAUACGACAACAGACAUCUCCGAGCAGCUCUAGCAGCUGCCCAGCAGAAGAGAGCCCGCAGAGAAGCUGCCGUUAAUGAAAGGGAGCAAUUAUUAAAUCGAAGGUUCGCUCCGAAUCCAGACAUAACAGCCAUCAACAUCGAUUACGCCGUUCAACAUCAAAAUUCCCUUCAAAACGCCAAUCAGGGAAUCGAUGAGAUGCUGUACACAGGGGCCAAUACAUUAGACUCUCUACGAACCCAAAGGAUAACGUUGAAAGGCGCUCAUAAGAAAAUAAUGGACAUGGCGAGUACGCUCGGUUUGAGCAGCCACACUCUCAGAUUAAUCCAAAAGAGAGUAAGCGAGGAUAAAGUUAUAUUACUUCUAGGAAUGCUUAUUACGUUAAUAGUGAUCGUUUUAGUUAUAAUAUUUUUGACUUAAGGAAUGGUAGUAUUAAUUACAGACUUUUUAUUA